AGGAGCGUGCUGUUCAGCGAAGUAGACUCCUCAAUUUCCAACUUAGCAUCUUGGCAUACGCGACUAGAUUUUCCCAUGCAGGGCAGGCGAAGCCCCCCGAAAAAGUCUGCUUGACGGCCGAAGGCAGAAUAGGCACCAAAAGACCGGGGCUGCAACUUUCAUGACAAAAAAAAACAACUGGAGAAAGGGAGAAUUUUUUUUUUUUCGGGGGGGGGGGGAGGAGGAGGAGGCAGCAGGUCUCCGCACACGGCUGUCUCUAUGCGCCCAUGAGAGGCUGAGGAGGGGAAAACAAGGCAGGGGAAAAAAGCAAAAAAAAGUGGAGGGGAGACAGUGUUCAAGUUGCCGCAGCUAUGGCGUACCCUCAGGGCUACUUGUACCAGCCGUCCGCCUCCCUGGCCCUCUAUUCGUGCCCGGCAGCCUACGGCACAAGCGUCAUCUCGGGACCCAGAACGGAGGAGCUCGGCCGCUCGUCGUCCGGCUCGGCGUUCGCACCCUACGCCGGAUCCACCACCGCCUCCACGGCGGCCGCCGCCGCCGCCGCAGCCGCAGCGGCGGCCGCCUUUAGCGGCGCCUCGCCCGGCUACAACUCGCACCACUUGCCGUACGGAGCCGACGCGGCGGCGGCGGCGGCGGCGGCGGCCACCUUCACCUCGUACGUGAGCUCCCCCUACGACCACUCCACGGGCAUGGCCGGCUCCAUCGGGUACCACCCGUACGCGGCGCCCCUGGGCUCGUACCCGUACGGCGACCCGGCCUACCGCAAGAACGCCACGCGCGACGCCACCGCUACGCUCAAGGCCUGGUUGAACGAGCACCGCAAGAACCCGUACCCGACCAAGGGCGAGAAGAUCAUGCUGGCCAUCAUCACCAAGAUGACCCUGACCCAGGUCUCCACCUGGUUCGCCAACGCCCGCAGGAGGCUCAAGAAGGAGAACAAGAUGACGUGGACGCCGCGCAACCGCAGCGAGGACGAGGAGGAGGACGAGAACAUCGACCUGGAGAAGAAUGAUGAUGACGACGUCACCUCCAAUAAUAACAACUUCAAACCCACCGGAGACAAGACUCAAGAAUCAUCGGAUACUGAAGCAGAUGCCAAAGCGCUGCAGACAGUGGACGUGGGCUGCGAACGCUACAAGGAGGACCUCCUGCACCCCAAGGACGCGGACCCCCUCCUGAGCGACUCCGAGUCCAAAGACCCGGAGGACUCGCAGGAGCGGACUACGGACUUGUUGUUGGAUUCUUCUUCCUCCUCUUCAGCCUGCGGCGGCGGCGGCAGCAAGCCCACCACGUCGUGCCCACGCGCGGCGGGGGCUCCGUCGUCCGACGUGAGCCACGCGCCCACCUCCGUCAUCCACUCGCCCCCUUCGGCCCCCAAGCCCAAACUGUGGUCUCUGGCGGAGAUCGCCACCUCGUCGGACCGGUGCAAAAGCGGCGCGGAGACGCAGCAACUCCAGCGGGGCGAGCAGCAGCCUUGCAGCUCCCCAUCCCGGUCCUCCCCCGGCGUGCUCUCGCGGCCCCUUUAUUACGCGUCGCACUUCUACCCGGGCUACUCGAACUACCACGGUGCCACUUUCGGACACCUCCACGGCUCCGGCCCCAGCAGCACGCCCUCCUCCGCGGCGCACUUCAAUGGAUUAAACCAGACGGUGUUAACUAGAGCCGAGGCUUUGGUGAGGGAGAGCCACAGAGUGAGGGGCCAAACGCAGGUAGAGCUUUGUAAAGACCCCUCUUACGAACUCAAGAAAGGUAUGUCAAACAUUUAACAGCUGCAACAACAACAACAACAAAAAACAUGGACUUCUUUUUAAAUUAUUUGGAGAGAAAACAAAUCCAGCAUCUGAACAUUAUAUUCGCCCCCAUUCAUUGGAGGAAAAAAAAAUGUUUAGUUUCUCAACGAGUGUAAACGAGAAUGGUCUUAAAGGCUGC